AUCUCCCUACCUUCGGAGCUUCAGAUUCAGGUCCAUCUUCUCUCAACAGAGAUGGAAGAAGCAUCCACCUUUCUUGCAAAAAAUAGGUACACUCUCCAUGUUUUCUUUGGCCUUUUAUCUUUCCUUCUCUCAUCUCUCAGGUAUGCAGUGGUUACCGGAGCAAACAAGGGGAUUGGAUUGGGAAUAUGCAAGCAGUUAGCUUCCAAAGGGGUGGCUGUUGUUUUGACUGCUAGAGAUGAGAGAAGGGGCAUUGAAGCUGUCGAAAAGCUCAAAGAAUCUGGUCUCUCUGAAUUUAUCCUUUUUCAUCAACUUGAUGUUGCAGAUCCAGCCAGUAUUGCUUCUCUAGCAGAUUUCAUCAAAAACCAGUUAGGAAAGCUUGAUAUCUUGGUGAACAAUGCAGGAAUUACAGGUGCCUUAGUAGAUGGUGAUGCUCUAAGAGCUUCAGGCUUUGGAAAGCCUGGUGUACAAAUCAACUGGAGUGAAAUUAUUACUGAAACACAUGAAAUUGUGAAUGUUUCUUCCUCCACGGGAAAGUUAAAGAAUGUAUCAAAUGAAUGGGCGAAAGCAGUCUUUAAUGAUCUUGAAAACCUUACUGAAGAGAAAGUGGAUGAAGUAUUGAACCAAUACCUGAAAGAUUUUAAAGAAGGAUCAUUGGAAACCAAAGGCUGGCCUGCUAAUAUGUCUGCCUACACACUCUCAAAAGCUGCCAUGAACGCGUACACAAGGGUUCUGGCCAAGAGGUACCCGGAUUUCUGCAUCAAUUGUGUCUGCCCUGGAUUUGUCAAAACCGAUGUAAACUAUAAUACUGGAAUCCUGAGUGUUGAAGAAGGUGCUGAAGGUCCUGUGCGAUUAGCUUUGCUGCCAAAUGGUAGUCCUUCUGGCCUUUUCUAUGACCGAUUGGAGGAACAAGAAUUUUGAUGAGAUUGCGGGAAAGCUGAUGUCUUUUCCUUUGUUUUUGGCUUGUGUAUCAUCCCAGAAUCUCAACCAUACAAAAGCGCAUUUAAAAUGUAGAAUGUGUGGUACAAGCUUCAGCUGAAGCUUGAAGCUUUUCCUCAUAUUUCAGAAUGAAUUCAGACCUAAACCCUUCGGAAACAUCUGCUUGUAUUAGACUAUUAGUAGUUUAACAUCCUCUAAAUUCUUAUAUUUUUUAGAGUACAUUUGAAUAUUUAUAUCCAGACAACGCCCAACUUUAUUCAUUAUAUAUAGUCAUCACUUACACCUAAAAAAAUGUCAGCCACUGUAAUUGACUGUACAAAUGUAUUCAAAAGAUUAACCAACUUCGCAAUUUGUCAAUGGUCUAGCAUUUUAAUUGGACUAGUGUUGGCUUUUCAAGCAACUUUGAUUAACUGUCUCUUGCAAAAAAACAUGUCAUUUGGAUCUCCUAACCAUGUUACUGGGAAUAAAAAAUGUUCAAUCAU